AUGGCUAUUCCAAAACCCUCAUUACUACUACUCUUUUUACUAACACUCUCAUUACUUUCUUUCUCAUCACAAUCUCACACUAACACAAAUCACGUUCAUUCCCCCUGUGCCGAUACGAAAGUAGAAAGAUACGAUGGGUUCAGUUUUGGUAUCGCAUUUGCUCAGAGAACUUCAUUCUUCAUUAACAGCAGCUCAGUACAAUUAUCUCCUUGUGAUCGUAGACUUUUUCUUUCUUCAGUGAAUUCUCAACUUGCUGUUUUCCGCCCUAAAGUUGAUGAAAUUACACUCCUUACUAUCAAUACUUCCAAUUUCUUCCCGGAUUCUUAUGGAGGAUACAUGGUAGCAUUUGCUGGUCGGAAGUAUGCUGCAAGGUCUUCGCCAGCUUUUGUUGCUAACACCACAUACACCGUAACAAGCUUUACCCUGGUACUCGAAUUCAAAAAGGGUAGGUUGGAGAACUUAUACUGGAAAAGAGAUGGAUGUGCAUCUUGCUCAGGCAAAUCCAACUUUGUGUGCCUCAACCAUCAAGAUUGUGCCAUUAGGACUAAUAAAUGCAAGAAUAGAGGUGGCAGCGUCGAUUGUAGCCUUGGGAUACAACUUACGUUUUCCGGCACAGAUAAACAUGAAAAGGUCUUCAAUUCAUGGUACGAAGUGAAGAAUCUUCGUCAAUACUCUCUCUACGGCCUUUAUUCCAAUCUCAGAAGUUCUCUCACAAGUCAAUACAACAAUUUUUUCUGAUUGUUGAUUAUUUUGUAGAGUAGCAUUUUGUAAGCUUUACUUGUUGAGAAUGCCUUCUUUGUCAUCAUUCUUGGUGUUUCUGGAUCUUGAUGGCUUUGGUAAUCUUUAUUUACUUUAAUUCAUUGACGUCUUUUCUCAGCUAGAAACGAGAAGCUAAUGUAGUUAAGAGUAAUUAUUUUUUCUUUGAUUUUUCAA